UGCUGCAAACAAUCGCAUCCAGCUCGUACUCGUUACUACAAUGCUCACGAUAGCGGCCUGGUUCAUGACGACGCAGCUAUUUAACCGAGAUGCGUUUAUGCUGCAAAUUAACGGUCACGUAGUGGAGAGUGCUUCGGUGCAAAUUGUUUACGGGCUGCUGUGCAACGUUUGGGGCAUGAUCUAUGUGCUUUCGUUCGCAAUUUUCUACAUCAUUAUGAACAUCUUGCAACUGGAGAUGAGCAUUUUGCUGGAUGGGAUAGCAAGCGUACAGUCAACGGUUAUCGACCGAGCAGGACGGCAAAUCGCAACUCUGGAAGCUACGGGACAUUCAACGCAAAUGAAGCAGCAAGUGUUCUGGGACAUUUUACAGCCAGAACUGAACAGGCACAUCUCACGGCAUGUCAACCUUCUGGAUAAUCUCAAAGAGUUUAGCACGAUAGUUGGCCCAUUUUCGUUCGUCCAGUACUAUGGCACCUUUGCACUGAUCGCCGACUGUGGCCUUAUCCUUGCAAUGGAAGGACUCUCAACGAACGGUAUGAUCUACCUUAUAUUUGUCACCGUACUGGUGUUCCAGUCGUUCAUCAUCUGCCGUGGCAUCGAGAAGAUAAACGAUCUGAAUGAAGCCAUCGGACACGCACUGUACGCGGGUUUUAACUGGCCCGAAUUAUUACAGUACAACGUGCGCUUUCGAGCCCAGUAUGUAACGGCACGGCACACGCUCAUGCUCGUCAUUGGCCGUUCGCAGAAAGGAUUCCAAUGUUCGUACGGAGGCUUGGGUGGAAUUUCCAUGGAACGGUUCGCCCAGUUAAUGCAGAAAAGUUACUCGCUGCUGACGAUUCUGCUUCAGUUUGUCAAGUAAAAGUGACACGCAUCGCAAACGAGCAAUCGGAGAGUGUAUGUGGCACACUAAAAAGGCAAAAAU